AGAGAGAGGGAUAGAGACACCCAUACACAGAAAACUCUCCACCUCUUUGAGAGUCUCUCAUUCGCUGUCAGUGGCCUCCCCUGUGGGCUGAGAAGCGGGGACAGUGUGGGUGGGUGAGUGCCUCUGGAGAGAUCGCACAGUCAGGAGCCAGCCAAACACACACACACACACACACACACACACACACACACACACACAAUCCCUCUGCUGUGAUCGGCCACAGAAUGGCCCUUUUCUUCCGCCCGGCCGCUCCGUGAAGACCCGUCUCUCUCUGCGCGAGACAAGAGGAUCUGCUGUGGUUGAGUUUCAGCUCACAAGGAAUCCAGAGAAAGAAGAAGCAGGGACAACCUCGCCUGCAUUACCGGAGCGCUAAACACCACUCUGCCGGGAUGGGAGAUGGCCGAGGUGUGUGAAGGGGUCCCCAACGGCUCAGCGAAGGGGCUUUUGCACGGCCAGGAACACUCAUCCGCUUGAGAAGCACCUGAAAACACAAGGUGCGUGCGUGUGUGUGUGUGUGUGUAAGGACUUGGAGACACACAAUGAAGGUGGCAGCGACAGAGUGGGUUGGGUUGGCGGUGGUGGCAACCGUGUUUGGAAUAUACCACUUGGUGGAGGGGGGAUGCUCGGGGAAGUGCUGCCGGGGGACAGACCUGACCUGCAAGACGACCGACUGGAGGAUGGACCGUGUCUACGGGUCGUGCUACUGUGACGAGGGCUGCCAGAGGACCAGGGACUGUUGUUUCGACUACCCAACUGAGUGCCCAGCUCAGUCAUGCGUGGUGAGCGAGUGGAGCUACUGGAGCGGCUGUGCCAAGCCAUGCCAGCGCUCGUUCCGGGUGCGGCGGCGCCACAUCGAGAGGGAGCCCAGCAACAGCGGCGAGGCCUGCCCGCCCCUCGAGGAGCAGGCCGGCUGCAUGGAGUUCCAGACCCACCAGGGGCAACAUUGCGCUCAGACGCAAGGUCCAGCACUCAUCACAACAAUGGAGUAUGGCAAAGAGCGGACAAAACACAGACUCUACGGGGACCCAAUGGAUUCUGGGUUCUGCAUGGAGUUUAAGAUGGAGACGCUGUCGCCGCACUGCAUGGUGGAUAACCGGCCCUACACCCGCUGGAUGCAGUACCUGAGGGAAGGCUUCACUGUGUGCGUCACCUGCCAACCCCCAGCCAUGCACGCGGUCAACGGCAGCCGCAGUUGCCAAGGAGACGGCAAUGACGCAGACAGGGAUGAACUGCUUCCCUGGCAGGCCAUGGGGAACCCUCGGUGCAGGGGGACCUGGAAGAAGGUGCAGAGGCUGCAGCACUGCUCCUGCCCCCAGGUGCACAGCUUUGUGUUCAUCUAACAAGAAGCAGGGCACGGACAGGCCUUCCGUUCACACCUUGGCUCGGUUUACAGCAGAUUGUUCACCUGCAUAAUGUUGAGGGUUUGCCUAUGCUUCACCCACCCCCCUCGCCCCCACAGCCUGAUAAACUUAAUCUCUAAUGACCUCAAAACAUCUAGGUCUCUUUACACAUCAACAAAGUGAUCAUAAAGAUGGCUGACUUAACUGCUUAUGUCUGCUGUGUGCAUAGGUAAGCACAAUGUAUAAGCCACGUGCCAGAUGUAAGAUUUCACUUUGAGCACCAACACUACAUUCUUAGGGUUCUUUAGGCGCUUAGUCACAAAUGCAUAAAUUGUAAUUAUAAGAAAAUCAAUUAAAAUGUUUGUUUUUAAUAUUUACGGUC